AUGUGUAUCUUUGGUUGGGAUCGUUGGUCCUGCGGACAUUACAGGAAGACCCGCAUCGAGUACUGCGCCACGGCACGCACACUACCGGCCCAAGUGAGAGAAGACAACACACAUUGCCACAUUCCAUCCCGUGAUUACGAUUUCAAUCACCAUAUUCCUACUUGUUGCGACGACUGCAUAUCCGGCUACGGCAACAUCCGCGCUGUUCUACCUUAUAUCACCCAGGUCACGCCGGACAGGAGAGGUUGCGGGCCCGACCGCCGUACUCAUCACUGGGGAGAACGCGAACGCCAAAGAAUACAGUUUGAGGUGCCGGGAACAAGAGAUGAUAUCGAAAAGUUUCAGACCACUUAUAGGGAUAGCGCAAGGAAGUCAAUCUACUUCUUGACGCAGAGGGUGUUCCAAGUCCAGGACGAAUACCGUCGCAUCGGCUAUCAAUACUACGCCGGAUUGUGGAUGGGAUUCCUACAGUAUCAGCGUCUCGCACCAGAUCUGGCGGCCCACAUAUCAGAGGCGUUACAUGGAUCGAACGCGGAUCGAGAAUUCCUACAACCAUGCGAGGACGUCCACAGAUUGCUGGAGGUGGCACUGUCCAAUGUAUCCCUCAACAAUGUGUAUCAGGCGUACAACAACUGCUAUUUGGCAUUUGUACGUUUGAACACGAUGUUUGCUAGGCUACGGAGCCUACGGCAGAAAGUGGAAAGUAUCGAGGAUCUGGGCUUCGGAUACCACGAUGCGGGCUUACAACAACAACGGGACGAGGCCCUGUAG